GCGGCCGCUCUGCGCACGGGGUCGGUGGUGAGCGGAGCCAACAUGGCGGCGGCGGCGGAGGGGCCGGGGUUCGAGCACAUGGGGCUGGACCCGAGGCUGCUGCGGGCAGUGUCGGAGCUGGGCUGGGGCCGCCCCACGGCUGUGCAGGCUCAGGCGCUGCCGCUGGCGCUGGAGGGUCGGGACCUGCUGGUGAGAGCCAGGACAGGCUCCGGGAAAACCGGAGCCUAUGGAUUGGGGCUGCUGCAGCACGUGCUGAGGGCCAGGGAGGUAGCUCAGGCUGUGCCUCAGGCUGUCCGUGCUCUGGUUCUGGUUCCCUCCCGGGAGCUGUCCCUGCAGGUCCUGCGCUGCCUGCGCCGGUUGGCGGCUGCCACCGACGUGCGGGUGGCUGAGCUGGGUGACGGGGACCCCGCGGCUCUGCGGCCGGUGCUGGCGGCACAGCCGGAUGUGCUGGUGGGGACACCGGGCCGGGUGCUGGCACAGCUCAAUGCCCACACUCUGGUGCUGAGGCACUCGCUGGAGCUGCUGGUGCUGGAUGAGGCUGAUCUGCUCCUGGGCUUCGGCUGCCUCGAGGACAUCAAGGCCCUGCUCUGCCACCUGCCCAAGAUCUACCAGGCACUGCUGAUGUCAGCCACGUUCAGCCCUGAUGUGGAGGCACUGAAGGAGCUGGUGCUGCACAACCCGGUGCGGCUGUGCCCGGCGCAGGCUCCGCUGCCAGGCCCAGCUCAGCUGCGGCAGUUGGUGCUUCGCUGUGGCACAGCCGAGGACAAGGUGCUGGUGCUGGUGGCUCUGCUGCGGCUGCGGCUGCUCCGUGGCCGGGCCCUGCUCUUCGUGUCCUCCCUGCCCCGGUGCUACCGGCUCAAGCUGCUGCUCGAGCAGUUUGGCAUCGGUGCCUGUGUCCUCAACCCCGAGCUGCCGGCGAGAUCCCGGUGUCACAUCAUAGCCCAGUUCAACCGCGGCAUCUAUGACUACAUCGUGGCCACGGAUGAGGAGGCGCCAGGACCGGAGCCGGUGCCGGAGCCGGAGCCGAAGCAGCCACAGCGCAAGAAGCGCCGGGGACCAGCACAGGGGAAGGCCACAGACCCCGAGUUCAGUGCCGCUCGUGGCAUCGACUUCCAGGACGUGGCUGCUGUCAUCAACUUCGAUGUGCCUGUCACCGUGGAGGCCUAUAUCCAUCGUGUGGGGAGGACAGCGCGGGCUGACAACCCUGGCACGGCACUGACACUGGCACUGCCGGACGAGGAGGAGAACAUGGCUCGUAUUGAGGACGCACUGGCUGCAGACAACGGGGAGUCCAUGCUGCAGCCCUACAAGUUCUGCAUGGAGGAGAUCGAGGGGCUGCGGUACCGCUGCCGGGACGCCAUGCGCGCGGUCACCAAACAGGCAGUGAAGGAGGCGAGGCUGCGGGAGAUCAAGGACGAGCUGCUCAACUCCGAGAAGCUCAAGGUGUACUUCGAGGACAACCCCCGGGACCUGCACGUUCUGCGCCACGACCGCCCCCUGCACCCGGCUGUGGUACAGCCUCACCUCCGCAACGUGCCCGACUACCUGGUGCCCCACAGCCUCCGCGCCAGCCUCACACCCGGCAUCAAGAAGCGCAAGGGGCAGCGGCUGCCCCACACCGGAGCCUCCCGCAGGGGGGGGGUGAGGUGCCGCAGAUCCGGGAACCCUCUGCAGAGCUUCAAGUACUCCCAGCGCCGGAGCAAGCGUCCUGGUGCUGCGGCACCAUCCUGACCCCCCCGGCCCCCCCCGCACCCCAUUGCUGUGCCAAUAAAGGUGCCUGUGCCCCAGG